GCUACAGGAGACACACAACCACCUUCAGGGAACAUAAGCUAGUCUAGCUAGAUAUAGCAACUUGUUUCAUACAUAAAAUGAACUGAGGGAGCGCACCGAGGCCCAGUAUAAGACAAAGGAUCGUUUUGAACUCUGAAUUGUACACAUACACUCUAUUAGUACAAAAAUAAAAAUCGGGGGGGGGCUGGUUUAGCUCACUGGGUAUGAACAGGUGACACGUGCUCUGUUAUUCCAUAUGCCCAGGUUUUUACUGCCUCCCCCGUGUUCCUUCUCCUAGCUUUCCUGUUUAGCUCCACUGUGCAUUUAAAAUUAAAUAAUAAUAAUUAAUUUGGAAUAAAAGCUAUGUAUAAAGCACCAGAAAUGAGCAGAAUUCCUCUUCAAUAAGGAGGUUGAGUUUGCCACGUGAAAUCACAGCCUGUGGUUAGUGUCCUUGGCUGUGUCAAAGAGCACAUAAAGCGCUAGAUGUAUAAAGGCUAAUUUACACCAUUGAGGCCUGCUCUCAAAAACUGAAAUAGAUGUAACACUGUCUGUUAAGCUGGAUUUAAGAAAUAAGUGAAACAUGUUUAGCGCCAUCUUCUGUAAGUGUUGGAGUCCAGCUUGCCGCUGUGGUGGCUCUCCUCCACACAGUACUCAAAAGAGACAGACAGUGAAAGUGGACAGUAUAUCCUCUGUUUCUUAACAUAAAACUCGGUGUUGCGGCCAGGGGCAGCACAAAUGUGAUCCCCUUAAAGUGAGCUUUAGUUUUAGUGUCCUUAUUUUUCUCUCGUUAUCGAUUCUGUCACUAGUUAGCUAACAUAAACUAAUGUAAGUCUAUUAACUAACCAACCACAUGACAAUCAUGUUCCUUACUGUCAGAAGAUGGCGCUAAACUGUGUUACAUCUAAACCAGUAGAGACUAUGGAGGAAGAAUCAGUUAUAUUGCUACAGGAGAACUUGCUGAUAUCUAGUUGCUUGAUCAGUCAAGUUCUGGCUGUCUUGAAUAGCUGAUCUCUCCUCUGUAUGGAGAAGGAAGCGCCCGCAAAGUAGAAGAAAAGAAUAGAGUCCUUGAGACAAAAAAGGGUUAACACAGAACUGUUUACCAGAUAGAAGAGGAAAAAUAUGCAGAGGUCCACUCCCCUCUUAGAGGUGGAGUUUGAACUUUGCCGUGGUCACUGUCUAGCUUACAAACUCGGGUGCAGUGAACCCAGAAUCUGCUAGCUGCAGCCGAGCUUGUAAGCUGAACCUUAACCCUCAUAUGAGUGAUAAGAGCUCUGCCUGUGUGUUCACCUCAUCAACAGGUUGGCAGGAGAAAGUAUGACGUUUGAUGCCUUCAAACUGUCUGUCUAAAAUUUUUGUUAAGAGGGGUGACGCGGUCGUAAGCUCAUAUAGUUCCACUUGUGAGCAGAGUAGUCCCGGACAGUGCUUCGGACCUCUAAACCACAACACCAACCACAAUCUGCAGAGGAUAAUUUUCAACCUUUUAAAAGCUUUUAUUCCGGAAGCUGGGCUGAAGCACCAUGUUGAGUAAAGAUCUUCCAGACAUUGAGAGCAUCCUAGCUCUGAAUCCAAGGGUGAAGCAUCAUGCUCAGAUCAUAUCCACAGCCAGUAAGAAGAAAGAAAAGAAACACUGGAAGAGGAACCCUGAAAGGAACUGCGGUUCUUGUGUGAAGUUAGAAAACAACUUUGACGACAUCAAGCAUACAACACUGAGCGAGCGAGGAGCACUACGAGAAGCUCUCAGAUGUCUAAAAUGUGCUGAUGCUCCCUGUCAGAAGAGCUGCCCAACUAAUCUGGACAUCAAGUCAUUCAUUACGAGUAUCUCCAAUAAGAACUACUAUGGGGCAGCGCGUGCCAUUCUAUCUGACAACCCUCUGGGUUUGACCUGCGGAAUGGUUUGUCCCACAUCGGAGCUGUGUGUAGGGGGCUGCAACCUGUAUGCUUCUGAAGAAGGACCCAUUAACAUUGGAGGGUUACAGCAGUUUGCUAUUGAGGUGUUUAGUAAAAUGGGCAUCCCUCAGAUAAGAAACCCCAAACUCCCACCAUUCAAUGAGCUGCCAGAGUCUUACCACACCCCUAUAGCUCUGAUUGGCUGUGGCCCAGCAUCAAUUAGUUGUGCUUCUUUCCUGGCCCGUCUGGGAUAUGAUAAUAUCACAAUAUUUGAAAAACAGAAGUACACAGGAGGGCUGAGCACGUCAGAAAUCCCUCAAUUCCGGCUUCCAUAUGAGGUCGUCCAGUUUGAAAUAAACCUGAUGAAGGACCUGGGAGUGAAGGUGGUGUGUGAGAAGGGCUUGGGUGUUAAUGGAAUGACUCUGAAGUCCCUGAAGGAAGAUGGAUUUAAGGCUGUCUUCAUAGGGAUUGGUCUCCCACAGGCCAACAGAGCUGAAAUCUUCAAGGGUUUAACUGUGGAUCAAGGAUUCUUCACUUCUAAGGACUUUCUGCCCAUGGUGGCCUCUGCCAGCAAGAAAGGUAUGUGUCAGUGUCGCUCCUCUCUGCCAGAACUAAAGGGAGUGGUGAUAGUUUUGGGGGCCGGUGACACUGCAUUUGACUGUGCCACCUCAGCCCUUCGGUGUGGAGCCAAAAGAGUGUAUGUCUGCUUCAGGAGGGGAUUCACCAACAUUAGAGCUGUUCCUGAGGAGAUGGAGUUGGCUAAAGAGGAGCAGUGUGAGUUCCUUCCUUUUCUGUCUCCCCGUGAGGUCAUUAUGAAGAAUGGGCAUGUUGCUGGGUUACAGUUCUGUCGCACUGAGCAGACUGAGGAAGGUGACUGGGUUGAAGACGAGGAACAAAUUGUCAGACUGAAGGCUGAUUACAUAAUCAGUGCUUUUGGAUCCAUGUUGAAUGAGCCAAAAGUGACUGAGGCCAUGACGCCUGUGAAGCUGAGUCGCUGGGGUACCCCAGAGGUGAACACAGGCACCAUGCAGACCAGUGAGCCCUGGGUUUUUGCUGGAGGAGACGUCGCUGGUUUGGCAAACACCACAGUGGAGUCAGUGAAUGAUGGCAAACAAGCCUCGUGGCAUAUUCACAGAUACAUACAGUCUCUUCAUGGACAAACAGUAGACCCAGUUCCAAAGUUGCCAUUGUUCUACAGUGCUAUAGACCAGGUGGACAUCAGCAUUGAAGUUUGUGGAAUAAAAUUUCCAAAUCCGUUCGGCCUGGCCUCUGCUCCUCCUACCACUAGCACAGCCAUGAUCAGAAGAGCUUUUGAACAAGGAUGGGGCUUCGCUCUGACUAAGACAUUUGGACUGGAUAAGGAUCUGGUGACCAAUGUGUCUCCUCGAAUUGUGCGUGGUACAACAUCAGGCCCUCUUUAUGGGCCCGGUCUGGGCUCCUUCCUCAACAUUGAGCUCAUCAGCGAGAAGACAGCAGCCUACUGGUGUCAGUCGGUUGCCGAGCUGAAAAAAGACUUCCCCAACAACGUGGUGAUUUCUAGUAUAAUGUGUGGUUACAACGAGGAAGACUGGACAGAGCUAGCCAAGAUGGCUGAGGAGUCGGGAGCAGAUGCUUUGGAGCUGAACCUCUCUUGUCCUCAUGGGAUGGGAGAGAGAGGCAUGGGUCUGGCCUGUGGACAGGACCCAGUGCUGGUAAGGAACAUCUGUCGCUGGGUGCGUGAGGCCAUUUCCAUUCCAUUCUUUGCUAAACUGACACCAAAUGUUACAAAUAUUGUUGACAUUGCCAAGGCAGCCCAUGAAGGUGGAGCGGAUGGAGUCACAGCCACCAACACGGUCUCAGGUUUAAUGGGACUCAAAGCUGAUGGCGCUCCCUGGCCAAGUGUUGGUUUGGAAAAACGCACCACAUACGGAGGGAUCUCUGGUAAUGCCAUCAGGCCCAUUACUCUCAGAGCAGUGUCAGCCAUCGCCAGAGCAAUUCCAGGUUUUCCUAUUCUGGCCACCGGGGGUAUUGACUCAGCAGAGAGCGGACUACAGUUUCUUCAUGCUGGGGCUUCCCUGUUACAGGUGUGUAGUGCAGUUCAGAACCAGGACUUCACAUUGAUUGAGGAUUACUGUGUGGGUCUGAAGGCCUUGCUGUACCUAAAGAGCCUAGAGCUAAAGGACUGGGAUGGUCAGUCACCUCCAACAGCGAGCCAUCAGAAGGGAAAACCAGUUCCCAGACUCGAAAGCCUGGUUGGAAAGAGUCUCCCUAGCUUUGGUCCAUACCUUCAGGAGAAGACGGAAGCCAUUGCUGCAUGCAAGAAACAACUCCGAGAUGCUGGUGAAACCAAUGUGGUGGAAUCCAACGUCAGCCGGAUCAACGUGCCCCAGAAGCCUGUUCCUCCAGUCAAGGACGUGAUAGCCAGAGCACUGCGCCACAUUGGAGCAUACCAGGAACUUAACAACAUGGAGCAGGUCCAGGCUCUUAUAGAUGAAGAGAUGUGUAUCAACUGUGGGAAAUGUUACAUGACCUGCAAUGACUCUGGAUACCAGGCUAUAACAUUCGACCCUGAAACUCAUCUUCCAUCCGUGACUGACAGCUGCACUGGCUGCACUUUGUGCCUCAGUGUCUGUCCCAUCAUAGACUGCAUCAAGAUGGUCAAAAGGAAAACAGCCUACAAACCCAACAGAGGUGUACCUAUUAGUCCUGUCUGCUAAAGGCGAGGAUAAUAAUAAAACAAAGACAUCCAACUGGAUUGUCUUAUACAGUAAAUUAAUUUGUGUGAAGUAUAAUCUUAGUUUGAAAGCCCAGCUCCAGUGGCACCACUGAGCAGAGAGGCAGAUAACAUCACAAUAAUUGUAUAGUAUAUAUAGUAAGUGUAUGUCAAUAAUUCCACUCUGAUUUAGUUGGUAAAUCUGAAUCUGACUUUGUUUUUAUUCUCUUGUAGAAAAUCAUUUCAAUGUUAAAAAGGCAUUUACAGAAUGUCAAAUUAAUUCAAGUCAAAUGAGUUCUGUGAUUUCAAAUGUCUGUAUUUUUGGAUAUAGAGAAAAUAUCUGUAAGAUGGAGCACAUUUUUAUACAAAUUUGUGAGAUUGUGUAAAAAAAUUAACCAACAUAAAAAUAUUCUGUUAUACAUGUGUUAUCAGGAAAAUGUUGUGAAAUGAUAAAAAUAAAAGCAACCAUUA